GAACAAAGCGCUGCGAACUGUCCACACCAAAAGGACAGAGGCGUGAUAUCAACCAUCCAGACGUAUCCACACGAGGAUCUGUUCUGGGUGAGGCGUGACACCCGCUCGUCGCUGGCGGUGCGUUGGCGCGAACGACAACACCCAUCCACCAUGGCCUCCCUCCUUGAGAGUGCCAAGCUUGUCUUUGGUGCGUGCCCCUACGAGAAGCCAGCCUACAAGGUGCUGCUCAAAAAAGCUCAGUAUGAAGUCCGACAGUACUCCAAGUAAGCGACGAAGCAGGGGAGGGAGGGAGGGAGAUGGUGUUGGCCUCAGGCAGAUCUCAGAUCUCAUUGUGUGUUGUGAUUGUCUGUGUGCAGGUACAUUGUCGUGACGUCCAAGUGGUCGGGCGAUGAAGGGUCGGCAGGAUCUAAGGGCUUCUUCCCCUUAUUCAGGUCGGGUCGGCACCACCGCUCUAUCAGUCAGGCAUUUGGUUGCUCUUCCCUUGCUGACCGUGUGUGGUGUGCAUGACCGUGUGUGGUGUGCAGGUACAUAUUGGGUGGCAAGAAUGAGGGCAAACCGGCGGCAGAGGGCGGCCAGCAGCAGCAGGCAGAGAGCAUCGCCAUGACGGCGCCUGUCAUCAUGACGGAGAAGAAGAAGCAGGAGCCGCAGCCCGAGACGAUUGCCAUGACCGCUCCAGUGCUCAUGACGGGCAGGCAGGAGACCCCCACGACCACCGAGACCAAGCCGGCGGCUACCGAAAAGACCAUGUCAUUUAUCCUGCCGUCGAAAUACCAGUCCAUUUCGGAGCUCCCGAAGCCGACGGUGAGUGAGCCAGUGGAUGGAAGGAAACACACGGCCGUCGUGGCAGUUGCAGUAUGCGUGUGUGUGGCUUCGGUGUGUAGGAGUCUGGCCUGGAGUUUUCUGAAGUGGCGCCGCAGACGUACGCUGUGAUGACGUUCAGCUGGCUGCUCACGCCCAAGGCUGUGUCGACACACGCUGCCGCGCUGAGAGGUACGGUACACACGUUGCCUGAGUAGAGAGGAUGGAUGGAUGUGCCUUCGAUUGCAUCCAGAGCUGUGCGCGGCGGAUGGUGUCGAGUUGGACCCCGAUGAGAACAACAUCAUCACUGCCGGUGGGCGGCACCCACGCACAACCGCACACCGCACCACAGCCAGUCCAAUCCAAUGAGCAUCUGUCUGUCUCUCUGCCUGUGUGUGUGGUGUGUGGUGUGGGUGUUUGGUGUGCAGGUUACAACCCGCCCUUCACGCUGCCCUUCCUGCGCAGGAAUGAGGUGUGGAUCAGGGUCACCAACACCGACGCACUGCCCAAACAAGAGGAGCACCAGGAGGGCAGCACACAGCAGGGGGAGCAGCCACCACAGCCGGCCAGCUGAGUCAGCUGUGUGGUCGGGGCGGGCGGGACUGUCUUUCCAAUUAGGCGGUUAUUCUCUCUCUGUGCGGUUGGUGUUUAUCGAAAGAGCAAAAGGGGAGGCAGGCACACGUGUGCCGAGCGGGCUGCGUACCUGCCUGUGUAGAUCUAGAUUGGUUGACUGGCUGGUUGAUGGGAUGGGGGCUGGCGUAGGACAUUGUUCGCGCAGGUGAGGUGCCUUUAUUAUUAAGAACACCUGCCUCUUCUCUUCAUCCGAGCUCAUCGACACACCCGAGCUGAUUGACAGAGGCCCUCCCUCGUGUUUGUGCUUGUCCUGUGGAUGUGGAUGUGAGGUGGGUGAGAGACCAUGAGUGAGUGAGCAGGCUAAGAGCACUGAAUGAAUGAGACAUUAAUUCACUUCACAGG